AUGCACGCGUCUGUCCAGGCCACUCAAAGCUGCCACCAGUCCUCCUUCCAAUCCACCUUUCCCCUUCCUACUUUGCUGCCAACCCCCCCCCUGCCGCCACCCCCCCUUGCCGCGGCGCCUACUUGUGGGCGGGUGUUGGCGCGGGCGUGGAAGCAGGUGGUGCGGGCGGCGGUGGCGGAGGUGUACAGCGACGAGAGCGCGGACGCCGCCCAUGCCACGCACAAUGCGAUACUGGCGUACCUGAGCAGCACGCUCGACCCCUUGCUUGCCGUGCCGCCACCUGCCUUGCCCACCACGCCCCUCGCUGCGUCUGUGAAAGGCGUCCCCUCACACGCACCGUCGCACGCACAGCCAGCGGGGCUGGCGGGGCAGUUGGGCCAGUCGCGGCAGCAGCUGCUGGGAGUGGAGCCGCCGUGCCUGCAGCGAGCCGCUGCCAACGCCGCUUCGAACAAGGCGUGCCAGACCAGGCUGCAGCAGCGCGUCAUCGAUGCAGUGGCGUCCUCUGCAGCCAACAUCAAGACCUUCAUUCACUUGAGCCUGGGGGAUGAUGCCUCCAGCACUGACACUCACACUGACGCUGUCACACGAGUGCGGGAGGAGGUGCGGCGGGUGCGGGAGAGGGAGAGCGCCAUCGCGCGCCUGCUGCUCGCCACAGCCAACACUCGAGCCACCCUGGCGCAGGAGCACGUGCGGGUGACAAGGGAGCUCCUCGCUCUGCUGCAGUUCAAGACACUCCAGCAGCACCCGCUGAGCGGUGGAGCAGCAGAUCCGAGCUGCCACGUACACGAGAGACACCGUGCUGGCACUGCAGCACAUCAGGUGAGGCACUGCAGCACAUCAGGUGAGGCACUGCAGCACAUCAUGUUAGCCUACUUCCCCUCCAUCAGUACCCUCUUUUUUGCACCUCCUCAUGCUCAGGCGCUGCCAUCCACCACCCGUGCUGCCAUCCACCACCCGUGCCGCCUCUCUGCUGCAACCACUGUCCUCUUGCCAGCCCUCUUCUCUUCCUGUGAUUCGUCCCAUCCCAAUCUGCCACCACCUCGUCCCCCUGUUUCCAUGACCUGCAUGGCAAGCACCUGCUUUCCUCCCUUCACUUUCCAAUUCGCCCCCUCUUCUUUUCUAUAUCUUCCCUAUUUGCUCCAUCUGCCCUUUUCCCCCUUCCCACUACCCUUGACCCUUCCCCUUCUGACCCUUCCCCUUCUGCCCUUCCCCUUCUGCACCUUCCCCACCUGCCCCUUUCCCCUCUGCCCCUUCCCCUCUGCCCUUCCCCCUCUGCCCCUUCCCCAUCUGCCCCUUCCCCUUCUGCCCUUUCCCCUCUGCCCUUUCCCCCUCUGCCCCUUCCCCCUCUGCCCCUUCCCCCUCUCCCCCCUUCCCCCUCUGCCCCUUCCCCCUCUGCCCCUUCCCCCUCUGCCCCUUCCCCCUCUGCCCCUUCCCCCUCUGCCCCUUCCCCCUCCCCUUCCCCCCUCUGCCCCUUCCCCCCCUCUGCCCCUUCCCCCUCUGCCCCUUCCCCCCCCCUUCCCCUCUGCCCCUUCCCCCUCUGCCCCUUCCCCCUCUGCCCCUUCCCCCUCUGCCCCUUCCCCCUCUGCCCCUUCCCCCUCUGCCGCUUCCCCCUCUGCCGCUUCCCCCUCUGCCCCUCCGCAUCUGCCAGCGUGUGCGUCUGGAGCAGCUAACGCCCAACCCCGAAUUCCUUGCUGUUGCGCGCGAAUACAACCGAACCAAGGAGGAAAUCGAGCGGCUCUCCGGCGCAUUCUCUCGGCUGAAGCACCAUGA